UCAUAAUACAAAUACAUCACAUAUCAAAAAAAAAAAAAAAGAAAGUCCAAGGAAAUGGAGCGCAACUAAGUCCCUGUUUGUUUACGCGUUCCGUUUACCUUUCCUUCACUCACACAAUACAAUAACCCAACACUAUUCUCAUUCCCCUUUUAAAUACAAACCAAACACGCCCUUCCUCCCAAAACCUCUCCUAACAAGUCUCCCCCUCCGAUUCUCAAUCCACAGAUCCAUGAACACACCACCACCAUAACCCCUCAAACCCCCUCAUAAUCAAAUUUACACAACUACCCUUCCCCAAACCUCAAAAAUGAAGGUUUCAAAUCGAAUGUUCACAAUCGGUCUAAUCUCAUCAUGGUACACAUCAAACAUUGGCGUACUCUUACUCAACAAGUACCUCCUAAGCAACUACGGAUUCAAGUACCCAAUCUUCCUAACCAUGUGCCACAUGACGGCUUGUUCGUUGUUCAGCUACGUCGCGAUUGCGUGGCUCAAAAUGGUUCCAAUGCAAACCAUUCGGUCUCGCCUUCAGUUUUUCAAGAUCGCUACUCUGAGUUUGGUUUUCUGUGUUUCUGUGGUUUUUGGGAAUGUGUCGUUGAGGUAUCUUCCGGUGUCGUUUACGCAAGCUGUCGGUGCUACUACGCCUUUUUUUACUGCCGUUUUUGCUUACUUUAUGACGUUUAAAAGAGAGGCGUGGCUUACUUAUCUUGCGCUCCUUCCUGUUGUUACUGGUGUUAUUUUUGCUAGUGGGGGUGAACCAAGCUUUCAUUUGUUUGGGUUCAUAAUAUGUGUUGCAGCUACAGCGGCACGAGCCCUAAAAUCAGUGUUACAAGGAAUUUUACUUUCGUCUGAAGGGGAGAAGCUAAAUUCUAUGAACCUUCUCCUUUACAUGGCUCCAAUGGCUGUUGUUUUCCUUCUUCCCGCUACACUUUAUAUGGAAGAAAAUGUGGUUGGCAUCACAUUGGCUCUUGCUAGAGAUGAUGUGAAGAUCAUUUGGUAUCUUCUGUUUAAUUCCUCACUUGCAUAUUGUGUCAACUUGACCAAUUUCUUGGUCACAAAACACACCAGUGCUCUCACCCUUCAGGUACUCGGGAAUGCUAAAGGCGCUGUAGCAGUCGUAGUUUCAAUUCUGAUAUUUAGAAACCCAGUUUCAGUCACUGGAAUGAUGGGUUAUUCACUUACAGUCCUCGGAGUUGUUCUUUACAGCGAAGCCAAAAAGAGAAGCAAGUGAUUCUAAUACGAAAUCCACAAUGUUUUCGUCGCCACCUUGGACAAGAUGAUUCCACGAGACAAACUUGUUAGCAUGACUUCAAUCAGAAUCAGAAUGUUUCACACUCUAUAUAAGAAUUCUUUUGGCCCUACAUAGAUAUAGCUUCAUAUAAAAAGGGGGUUCCCCAUUGUAUUAGAAACUGUGCAGAAAUAGCUCAUGGUACAAAAUUCCAAUAACUGAGUAAUCUCUCUCAUAUUCCUUUGUUGGCAUAUAUUGAGAAAAAAAGUAUUGUGGUCAUUUAUUCUUUGAAGAAAAAGUUGUAAAAUUGAAUCUCA